AUGCAUGUCGAAUUCGGUGCUUGUUACCGAGAUAAAAGUGAAGCAAUAUUUAAUUUACCACUCGUACGGAAACGAAACAAAGCACCUUCCGAAGCGGUGUUUAGAGGUAACGAAUUUUUAUCGUACGACCUCAGUCAGACAGGGGGCGAACCAAUCGUUAGUGCUCAAGAUUCCGUUACUUUCUACUUUAAAACUAGAGCUCCCAAUGGAUUACUGUUUUAUACAGGCGAUGGAACUGACUACCUCAACGUCGCGAUUAAGGAGGGAUGCUUAAUUUUAACGAUGGGUCUCUCUAAUGGCAAACAGGAGAUGCAAAUCAAGCCAAAUAAGGUGCGCUUUGAUGAUAAUCAGUGGCAUAAGGUUAGCAUACAUCGGAGAAUUCAAGAAAUUUCUGCCAUCACCAGCUUUUGUAGAUUGUCCGCCGUAGUGGAUGGAGUGUAUGCUGACCAUUCGCACAUCGCUGGAAAAUUCACUAUGCUGUCAUCGAGUCGUGUGUAUGUAGGAGGAAGUAUCAACACAAGGGCACUUCCUGGGGCUCGAGUGCACAGUAACUUUGUGGGGUGUAUGCGGAAAGUGGAAUUUGUAGCAGACACUUUAAGAUUAAAUCUACUGGAACUAGGAAAAUCCGGCAGCCACCUCAUUUCUGUGGCUGGCCGUCUUGAAUACAAAUGUCCAUCUGGUGAGACACGUGAUCCGAUAACAUUCACCACAAGGGAAUCGCACCUGAUUUUGCCGGCGUGGAAUGCUAAGAAGUCGGGAAAUAUUUCCUUUAAGUUUCGCACAAAUGAAGCCAACGGUUUGAUCCUUUUUAACGGUGGUAUACGACCGCCGAGGGUCGACUUAUUUGCAAUAGAAGUAUACAACGGCCACAUCUACGUACACGUAGAUUUGGGUUCCGGCUCGUGGAAGCAAAGAGGGUCGCGUCGCCGUAUUGACGACGGUGGGUGGCACGAUGUCAUCUUUAGACGAACCGGAAGAGACGCGCGGAUUACUGUCGAUGGAUUUCAUACAGAUUUUAAAACGCCAGAGGGGUCCACUAGCUUGGAACUGGAUGGAAACCUUUACGUGGGAGGAUUAGGACCUCCAUUUUCGGAGAUUCCAGUUCCGCCAGCACUUUGGACUGCGGUACUCGGCCAGGGAUUUGUGGGAUGUCUCAAGGACCUAAUGAUGAAUAGUAAUUACGUCGACGUUGCUGCUUUCGCUAGGGAACAAGAUUCGGGAUCAAUUCGAACCUUAUGUCACGUACAACCACUUCAAUGUCCUUCACAACCCUGUCUGAAUGGCGGAGCUUGUUCAGAGGGAUGGAAUAGAUUUAUAUGCGAUUGUACCGAUACUACAUUCACCGGUCCCACUUGUGGUAAAGAAUCAGCGACCCUUAAUUUUAAUGGAUCUCAGCAUAUGGAGGUUAUAAUGGAUUCCGAGACCGAAACACAAACUGAAGAUGUUAUUUUACGGUUUCGUACAAGUAAACCUUUAGGAUUACUGUUUAUUACAAGCACGUCAGAAACCGGUGAUCGUAUUGAACUUGCAGUGGCAGCUGGCAGAAUUCGCAUGGCACUCAGGAUGGGUGUCAAGGAAAGGAAGGAUGAGGACAAAGAGAAGGAUAAGAUCUUGUUAGCGGGCCAAAAUGUAAACGAUAAUGAAUGGCAUACGGUUAGAUUUUCACGAAGAGGGAUCAAUCUUAAAUUGCAAUUAGAUCAUCAAUCGCCAAUUCGAGCCGAAACAUUAGGAAAACACAACGCUCUGCAAUGGCGAACAAUUCAUCUCGGCGGACUGUAUCAUCAAGAAGAAGAAAUCACGAUGACUACCACGGUUCCAAAUUUUAUCGGGGAGAUCCAGCAGUUUUAUUUCAACAACAUUCCAUACAUAGAAUUGGCUCGUUCCUCCAGUACCGAUCAGAGGGUUUCCGGUUUUCCUACAAUUAAGGUUGCGGCCAAAUUUAUUAAAAGAGCAACGGACAAUCUACAUCGGCCUGUGACGUUUCGAUCGAAACAUACGUUUAUUGGAUUACCAAUGCUACGUGCUUACUCUAGUAUUCAUAUUGAUUUUAUGUUUAAAACCCGCGAAGCAAACGGUCUAAUUGUGUUUAAUGGGGGACGUAAAGAAGAUUUCGUGGCAGUCGAAUUGGUCGACGGUCAUAUCAAUUACAUCGUAAAUGUCGGUGACGGUUCUGUGAAAUUAACAGAUACAGUUCCGACACGAUUGAACGAUAAUAGAUGGCAUACAGUGGGCAUUCGCAGGCCCUCAUUAAAACAGCACACUCUAAUGGUUGAUGAUAACAUAGUUAUAGCCGUAAAUCAAGGUACGGGUAAUUUGGAACUGGAUGGUAUUUUAUAUUUGGGUGGUGUUCACAAAGAUUUAUACGCACAGUUGCCCCAAGAGGAUGUCAAAUCCAGACACGGAUUUGAAGGGUGCAUCGCUGGAUUGGAUUUAAAUGGCGAAUCUCCGAAUAUCAUGGAAGAUGCUGUGGUCCAUAGUUCGUUGGUGACCGCUGGUUGUGAAGGGCAAUCCACUAAGUGCAGCCAUAACGUUUGUGCUAACGGAGGUGUCUGUGUCCAACAGUGGCACUCGUACACAUGCGAUUGUGAUAUGACCUCAUUUACGGGACCAACGUGUUCUGAUGAAUCUGUGGCUUACGAAUUUGGGCCUAAUCGUGGAAUUAUAACGUACACUUUUCCUGAGGAUCGUAGGCCUGAAAUGCAAGACGACAUCAUCGCCUUGGGAUUUAUCACUUCUAAAGCAGAUACGGUUAUAAUGAGAAUAAUUAGUGGUACAUCAAAUGAUUACAUCGAGCUUGAAGUGGUCGAAGGAAAUGUCUUCAUGGUAUAUAAUUUGGGGACGCACGAUCAUCCAAUUGGAGAAAUAUCACUGAAAGUCAAUGACAAUACAUAUCACGUAGUUAGAUUUAAGCGUUCGGGUUCUAAUGCGACAUUGCAAGUGGAUGACUACAACGUUCAAACCAAUCACCCCACAGGGCAUCAAUUGCAAGUGUUCAAUAGUCAAUCUCAAAUUCAGAUCGGAGGAAAAUGGAGUAAGGGUAAAUCAAGGAUAGAGCGACCUUUCUCGGGUAUAGUAGCGGGGGUUGUCGUCAACGGUAUGAGAAUUUUGGACUUGGCGGCAGAAAAGGACAUACAUACGUCGAUUCGAGGUGACGUUCAGCUGAUGACUGGUAUUUUAGAUAGGCAAGACAUUGAAAAUAACGAUCUGCAAAAAAUGCAACAAGUAAGAUUACAGUAAUUUUUCAGACCUGACGGGAAAUUUGAAUGUUAUAUUUGAAAGUGUCGGAGACGUAAAAUUUGACCUUGUGACAGGGUACGGAAAGACCAAUAGAAUGAGAGCUAUCAUGUUUCGGUGUGAUCAGCUAAAUUUUAAGUUUGGGAUCGAUUUGAUGGCGUGACGUCGACACGGGUGUUGUUUUGGAAUCUAUACAUUUUACAGGGUAUAGGGUACCAAGAAGGUGUUGUAAGCCGCAUUAUUCCGAUUUGAAACUUAAUUGGAUUGUUGCUAUGCACUUCCGAUUUUUUUCACGAGUUCUUUCUCUUUAUGUUUUGUGGUCCUUAUUUUUAACUAGGCAGAGUAUCCGCCAAGUCUGCUCCCGCAUUCGAACCAAGGACCCUUGGUACCGCAGUCUCCACUGCU